CCGCGCUGCAGCUUGGGACGGCCGUGCCUGCUGCCGCUGCAGUCUGCGUGGCGCCUCCCGCUCCGCCGGCCGUCCAGCGGGGUGAAGGCCAUGGACGUCAACCAGCCCAAGCAGGAGCAUUUGCUGGCUCUAAAAGGUCCUGUUUUCCACUGAUCUAUGCAUCAUGGGGCAAGGAAAUUCUUGUAAAUAAGAUGUUUCAGUCUAGAUACAAGAAUCAUUAUCAAGAGACUCUUUUCCUAAGAAUCACUGGAUUCCUGCUGUUCAAGCAUGGAAGUGGUCUUGCACUAUCGACCACAUCAGAGAGAUCUAAUAAAACUGCAGAAAUUUGCAGAAGCAGCAGUGAAGGAGUUUCCCAUUCGCCAGUUACCAAGAUUUGCACCCUGGUUUCCAAAUGAUUUACACAGACCUCCCCUCAAACCAAAAAAGCAGGCACCUGUUAUUUCUUGUGAGGAAGUGGAAGAAUUGAAACAGCUUUCUACACCUUCAGAGUAUGUUACAGGAUCUCCUGAUUAUGACUGCACAAAAAGUCUCCUUGAGUUUCACUCUAGCAUCAAAUAUGUUCCGACUUUAAUCCAAGCACAGGCUGUUCACAGACCAGUUAACUUGGACUGUCAAGGAGAACCAUCACCUAAUGGAAAACAAAAAUUGAAAAGGUCUUGGAGUGUCUCUCUCCCUAGAGCUAAACUCAGAGAAAAGAUUCAUCCUUUAUCUCAAGAACUGCAGAAUAAUUUGGAAAGACUAAAGCUGCAUGCAUUUUGUAGAGCCAAGUGGACAAUUGAACAGUCUCUUUGUAAAAACCAGAAUUUGGAGGACAUAUGGGUAAAAUUGAAUAGACUCAUUAAGCAGAAUGAAUUGCCAUCUUGCAAUGCUACUAUCCAAAGAUCUGUGGGACAGAUAUGGGUUUUCUGUGAUAUAUUAUACUGUGAAUAUGUUAGAAAUAUUCUUAGGGAAAAGCUAAGCCUUACAGAUAAAAUGAAUUUGCUUGUACAUAAAUAUGGAAUUAUAUUCAGUUUAUAACUUCAGAUGUAAUUUAAUAAUAACAUUACUGUCAGAA